GAGGGACUCGCGUUGGGAGUAUAAAAAGAUUUAGCUAAUAUAUGGGGUCGUUAGUUCAUCCUCAACCAAAGAGAAUUACUAAGCCAUAAUGAACCAUCUGCUCAUCGCCUUCUCAGUUUUCAUUGUUGCCUCAUUGGCUCAACAACAUCAAGAACCUAUUCCAAUUGUAAGCUAUGAAAACGAAGGCGUAAACGCUGACGGGUCUUAUCGUUGGAGCUUCGAAACCGGAAACGGUAUUAGCGCGCAAGAACAAGGCCAGAUCAAAAACAUCGCCAAUGAAGAAGCAGGUCCAGAGGUUCAAGGCCAAGUCCAGUACACCGGUGAUGACGGUGUUCCCGUCUCCCUUACCUACAUUGCAAAUGAAAAUGGAUUCCAACCACAAGGUAGCCAUUUGCCAACACCUCCCCCAAUCCCCGAAGCCAUUCUAAAGGCGUUAGAAUACAAUGCCGCACAUCCAGAAGAAGAUGACGAGGCACAAAACCGUGUCCAACGAAGACAAGCUGCUGCUACCGCUCAGCAAGUCCAAAAGAAUGCCAAUAGAUUUAGAUACUGAGGAUGAUCUCUGAAUGUUUGUGACAUUAUAUUAAAUUUGUAUAUAUUUUAAUAAAUUAAAAAACUCAAAAUCUG